GAAACUCGAAACCUGUGAAUUUUUAUAUUUCCGAAUUACGUUCUGUUUAUUAAAAAUGUUAUUUAUUGGUGUCAAAUAAUGUUUUCUUAGAAAACUACAUACCUACCCAUGCAUUGAAUAAAAAGUAAUAUCACAGAAGAAGCUAUUUCGGAAAGAUCAUGGCCAAUGUUUUCAAGUAUUUAAAAUCUUACCAAUAUAUAAAGUUAUUGAAAAGUGCAAGGCGAGCUUACAGCAGUACAGUUGACGUUGAAAAAAUUAGAAACUUUAGUAUAGUAGCACAUGUAGAUCAUGGCAAAAGCACACUCGCAGACCGACUUCUCGAAAUAACAGGUGUCAUUAAACCUGGAAAUGAAAACAGCCAAGUUCUGGAUCAACUGCCUGUGGAAAGAGAGAGGGGCAUAACUGUGAAGGCUGUUACUGCCUCACUAAACUAUAAGUAUAACAAUGAAAACUACUUACUCAAUCUUAUAGAUACUCCAGGCCAUGUUGAUUUUUCUAAUGAGGUUGUACGCAGUGUAACAGCCUGUCAAGGAGUGAUUUUAUUAGUUGAUGCCAAUGAGGGAAUUCAAGCUCAAACAGUUGCUGUUCAUUCACUCGCCAAGAGGAAUAACUUAAUCAUAAUCCCCACACUAAACAAAGUUGAUUUACCGAGAGCGAACCCUGAGAAAGUUAAGCAACAAAUGAAGUCUCUAUUCAAAAUAGAUCCAGAAACAGUGUUAAGCAUAUCAGCUAAGAAAGGAUGGGGAGUUAAGGAGUUAUUAGAAGCUGUAAUUACAAGAAUUCCUCCACCAGUUGUGGAUAAAAAUAAAGAGUUGAGAGCAAAUAUAAUAGACACAUGGCAUGACAGGUACAGAGGGGUGUUGUGCUUAGCGUCUAUUGUGAGUGGAACCAUACAGAUGGGUCAACAAGUACGAUGGAGAUCAGAUAUGAAACAACAGACUGUGAAGCAUUUAGCUCUAUUACGGCCCAGCGAGGAGCCUGUUGAAAUGGCUGUGGCUGGUCAAGUUGUAAUGGUAGGGUGUGGCCCAAAAGGUGGUGGCAGCGUAGGUGAUCAGCUCAUAUGUGCAAAAUCAGCACUCAACACCAAAGAAGCUUCUGCCCCCACAGUCAAGCAUAUGGUGUACGCUGGCAUCUAUCCUGCAGACCAAUCGCAACACCCACAGCUUAGUGAUGCUAUUAAGAAACUGGCAUUGAAUGACUCAGCUGUCAGUGUCACUAUCGAUUCUAGUCCAGCAUUAGGUCAGGGAUGGAGAAUUGGUUUCUUAGGUCUUCUGCAUCUAGACGUAUUUACUCAGCGUUUGUUCCAAGAACACCAGGCAGAGGCUAUAUUUACUGCUCCUUCAGUACCAUAUAAAAUCAGAGUCAAAGGCGCAAAAAAUAUAAAACAAUACAAAGGCGAAGAAGUUUUAAUCACAAAUCCAUUACAACUACCUGAAUCACAAAAUAUUGCUGAGUAUUUUGAACCAUUUGUUAAGGGAACAAUAAUAACACCCACGGAGUACAUCGGUCCAGUUACAACGCUAUGUGUGGACCGGCGCGGCACACCGCUACCGUCCAACGCGGUUGAUGACAACAUGACCAUGAUGCAAUACAUCCUACCUCUGUCAGAAGUCGUGAUGGACUUCCACGACACGCUGAAGAGCAUAACGUCAGGAUACGCGAGUUUUGACUAUGAAGACUACGGGUUUCACUCCAGCGCUUUGGCGAGAAUGGAUAUUCUGCUGAAUGGUGUACUUGUAGAAGAGUUGUCUACUAUAGUGCAUGCCAGUCGUCUGGAAUACACCGCGAGACAUCUCACUGGAAAACUAAAGGAAAUGAUACCAAGACAGAUGGUGCAGGUUGCCAUACAGGCUGUCGUAUCAGGAAAGGUCUACGCUAGAGAAACUUUGAAGGCAUAUAGAAAAGAUGUCACGGCAAAAUUGUAUGGUGGAGACGUCACACGAAGGAAAAAGUUGUUAAAGCAACAAGCGGAAGGCAAGAAGAAAAUGCGCAGUGUUGCCAACAUAAAAAUACCCAGGAACACAUUUAUAGAUGUGCUAAAAAGAUGAUGGCAAUAAAUAGAAUUUGUAUUUAUUAGAAAACGGUUGUUGUUAUUACGAUUGACUAACAAUAUUAAAAGUCAUAAAAUUA